AUGGCUUUGGGGUUUGGUUCAAUUCUCUUGAACGCGGUGUUGAUCACGCGCUACGUGCUGCCUGGCGUGCAGCUGACGGCCGAUGGUGAGCCCGUUGCGGACUUCUCUGCUGCAGUGCAGCAGCAGAAAUUCCCCAAUCCCUCUAUUGCUGGAGGAAAUUCGAAUGUCAUACACGGCACCUUCGACCCCCAAAGGAUGCAUGGGCCCCUCGGCCUCAACCCAGACGGAACGCCGGCUCACGUGCCCGCCCCACCCCCCCCUCCGGACCUGCAUAUGCCGGCGGAGUUGGCGCGGGGCGGCGGUUUCAACUUACAGUUGAGCGAUCAUUUACCUCUUGAUCGUGCUGCUCCUGAUUCGCGUCACAGUGCAUGCAAGACGUUGCAGUAUGAUUUAUCUUCUUUGCCUGCAGCAUCUGUAUUGAUGGUAUUUUAUAACGAGCCGUUCUCUACAUUGAUGCGGUCUGUACACAGUGUAUUGAACAGAACACCACCUUCUCUGCUGCAUGAGGUGGUGCUGCUGGACGACGGCAGCAACCUGCCAGAUGUAGCAGCAAAAGGAAACGGAAAGCUGCAGCAAUAUAUUGAAUUACUUCCUAAGGUUCGUUUGGUGCGUAGCCCCCGUCGUGAGGGUAUUGUGGGUGCACGUCUUCGUGCUAUUCGUGCUGCAACAGCGCCUAUAUUUGUAGUAUUAGAUAGCCAUAUAGAAGUACAGGACCAGUGGUUAGAGCCACUGGUUGCUCGUAUUCAAGAGGACCAUCGUCGUAUAGUAAUGCCUCAAGUUGAUGGUAUUGAUGCAGAAACAUUUGAACAUAUAGCCGGGGGUAUUGGGUGUAAACUAGGUUUCCUAUGGCAGCUGAUGGAGCAUUCAUAUGAAUCUCACCAGAUGCAGCGGCUGCCUCGCACCCUGGAAAACAAAGGCUCGGGUUUAUGUUUGGAUUCAGUGGGCCGCGCUUCUCCUGGGGCGUGUUGA